CCAGGGCUUUGGCCAGGUCAUGGCCAUGUGCUAGCAGAGAGGGGGGAUGCCUUUUCUCUCUGGUAUGUUCCCGUUCGCCCUUCCAGGCGCAGGAACCAUGCCCCUACAAGCUCCGAUGGCGGUGACGUCGUUCCAGACGCCGAUGCCGCAGCCAUCACCUUUUCAGCCCCAGCUGGUCAGCACCAUGGCCCCUGUAAACUUGACCAGCGCACUUAACGCUGCAGGGCCGUCGCGUCCCCCGCAAGCUACGAAUCCGCAAAUCACUCUUGAUGGUCAUUGCGUCUCAAUUGAGAGCGAUGACGGCGAGUGGGACAUCCCGAGGGCCCACAAGAAGAAGAAAGGAAAAAACAUCCGGCCAGCGACCUCCCGAAACUCCGCCUUCGAAAGGCUGGGGGAUAGGGAGGAAGGCCAGAGGAAGUCAGCCAAGCAAAGGCUAGGGCAGAGCGUUGCCCAUGUCAGCGCGUUCGCCCGGCUAGGCGAGGUGCCGGAGGCCGAGCCUGCCCGCACCCGGCGCUCCCGGUCUAACUGGCAGGAGCCAGCGAGGACGAGGGCCUCUCGUGAGGAAGAGGAAGCAGAGAGCCAGCCCAGGUUACCGGUGGCGAACCGGUUGACCAUCCCAAAUGACCGCGUCCAGCACAUGGAGGCAAAACUAGAGAGGCUGGAGAAGAAGGUCGGAGAGAAGAAUGACCGGGACAAACCCUUGGCGGGGUCCCCGUUCACCACAAGGGUCUAUUUGACACCUUUCCCGCGAAAGGUCAAGAUCGACGCCCCCAGAUUCACCGGGAAGGAAGAUCCGGAAAUCCAUCUGGAUUCCUUCAACCAGAGUGCGACCAUGAACGGUUGCACCGAUGAAGAAAAGUGCCUUCUUUUCUUCGAGACCUUGCAGAACCGAGCCACUGAAUGGUUCAAUAAGCUUCGCCCGGGAAGCAUUGAUUCAUUCAGUGAUUUGGCCUCAAAAUUCAAGGCCAAGUUCCUGGAGAAUUGUACUAAGAGGAAGAAAUUCACCUAUCUUAGUACAGCCGGGCAGAGGGAGUCUGAGAACCUUACUCAGUUCCUUACCCGGUGGAAGGAAGAGGUAGACAAGGUGGAAGAGAUGGAUGACAAAACCGUCUUAUCCCUCCUCUUGAAUGGCUUGCGCGCCGGGGAACUAUACAAGGAGUUCUGCCGGAAACCCCCAGCCACGUACCAAGAGGCCUACCAUACUGCAUGGGAGUUUGCUGAGGCUGAAACUCAACUCCGGGCGAAGAAGGAAGCCGAGCAUGGUUACAAGCCCAAACCGGUUCAAGUCAAGAAGGAAGAAGCACCGGGACCUAGCCGGCCGAGGCACCACUAUGACCUGGUCAUCCGAAUGGUCAAUACGGAAGAAUGCCAAGAAAUCCGGAAAGCACCGGUCAUUCCUCCGGAAAACCCUACCGGUCAAACAGGGCGGCAGUGGUCGGGCACCUAUUGUUCAUACUACAGGUCAGAUUCCCAUAACACCUCCGAAUGUAAGAGUGUUAAGGGAGUAAUCCGGCAGAUGAUAGACAGUGGAGAGUUGGGCAAGGAUUACUUGCAGAAAGCACAAGAGAAGAGUCAUCAAUGGGUUAGGCCAGCUGCCCCGGGAGAUGACCAGGACAACGACCGGCGGAGGAAUAACUGGCCAAGGGAGCGGCAACCUGCUCCCGAAAAAGAGCACAUCGGCAUGAUCUUCGGCGGACCUGAGGGUGGAGAUUCAGCCGCGCAGCGGAAGAACUGGGUUCGGAGCAUUUACGUUGGAGAGGUAAAUGCUGAAUCGCCCAGGCAUAAACAUACUAGGAGGGAGCCGAUCGUCUUUACUGACCGGGAUCUCCCUCCUACCGGUGAAGAUCACAAUGAUCCAUUGGUCAUCACCAUGAACAUUAAUGGGGUGGAUGUCGCCCGGGUACUUGUUGACACCGGCAGCAGUGUCAACAUCUUAUACCUGGAGACUUUCCAAAAACUCAGGUUGUGUCGGACACAACUUGAACCCCUCAAAACCCCUCUCUCAGGCUUCACGGGAGAUACGGUACAAGCCGAAGGAUCCAUAGUUCUACCGGUCGAACUAGGAUCGGGUGAAAAAACCGUGUGGAAAAAGAUGCGGUUCAUAGUUGUGGACAUCAAAUGCGUCCACAACGCAAUUCUUGGAAGUCCAGGCAUCAAUAAGGUCGGGGCGGUGAUUUCCAUGCCCCACCUAUGCAUGAAGUUCCACACUCCAGGUGGUGUGGAUGAAGUGAAAGGCGAUCAGAGGAAUGCCCGGGAAUGCUAUGCCCGGGCAGUUAAGAAGAUGACCAAGGGGGUCAAUGUCAUCUCCCAAGAGAUCACAAAGGGAGAGACCCGGGAGAAAUUGGAGCCCGAGGCCGAGAUGGUGGAAAUCGAACUUCACCCUGGUGAUUCUUCGAGGAUGGUCAGAAUUGGAGCAAAUCUCCCCGAGGAUCUCAAGGCACAGAUUACACGGGUCCUCCAAGAAUACGCGGGCAUAUUCGCAUGGAGCGUGGCGGAUAUGCCCGGAAUAGAUCGCUCUGUUAUCUGCCACCGGUUGGCCGUGAAGGAAGGAAGUCGACCGGUACAUCAGAAGAAGCAGUACCUGGCCAGUGACCGGCGAGACUUCGUCAAGAAGGAAGUGAAGGACCUCCUCUGUGUUGUGUUGCGAAAUUCAACAUCCUCCGGGAGGAUGGUGAAGUGGGCGAUGAUGUUAACUCAAUUCAACAUUGAGUACCGGCUAAGGUUGGCAAUCAAGGGACAGGCCCUUGCUGACUUCCUGGUAGAAAUGACCGGUCUAACUCCAGACCUACCGGUCAACAAGCCCAUUGACCAAUGGUGGGAGAUGGGAGUUGAUGGGGCAUCCGGUCCUAGAGGAUACGAGGGUGGAAUCGUGUUCACCACCCCAGAAGGGUUCAAGAUCUACCAUGCAAUCGUCUUCAACUUCAAGCUGAUGAACAAUGAGGCAGAGUAUGAAGCUCUGGCUGGAGGGCUCAGACUUGCCCAAGCCCUAAAAAUCAGCCGGGUCAGUAUCAAAUCUGACUCUAGCCUGAUUGUUGGGCAAGUGACCGGAAACAUGGAAGCAAGGGAAGGACGCAUGGCACAGUACAAGGAGCUCGUGCUCGCCUUAUUGAAAGGCUUCGAGGAAUUCAAGAUCGCCCAAAUUCCCCGGGCAGAGAACGCGGAUGCAGACCUUCUCUCCAAAUUGACGCAGUAUGCUCCCGAGCAUGUUUCAAAACUUGCCCGGGUAGAGAUCCUUGACCGUGCAAGCAUCGAAAAGUUGGAAGUCGCCGCUAUAACAGCCGGAAGCCAAUCUGACCGGUCAAACCUGGUCGGGGCGGACGACCAUUGGAUGUAUGAUCUGAUGAGAUAUUUGAUGGAGGGGAGCUUGCCAGAACAAGAUGACCGGGCAAGAAAAGUUAAGCUCAGGGCACCCCGAUUCCAGGUUCUUAAUGGGAAGCUGUAUAAAAGGGCAUUUGGGGGGCCACUCCUGAGAUGCCUAACCAAUAGGGAGGCGGAACGAGUCAUAGCGGAAGUCCACGAAGGCGUAUGCGCGACACAUCAAAUGUCCCCGUACCCCCAAGGGAGUGGCCAAGUUGAAAACGCCAACAGAACGAUUGUGGAUGGUCUAAAGAAACGACUGGGAGAAGCGGGAAACAAGUGGCUGGAAGAGCUCCCACACAUCGUGUGGGCAUUCCGAGUAACGCCCAAGAGGUCUCACGGGGAAACUCCAUUCUCCCUAACCUAUGGGUGUGAAGCAAGGCUGCCCAUCGAAGCUGAAUUCCCAACGUUCCGGGAAUCAAAUUAUCAACCCCAGCAAAAUGAAGAAGACCACUUGGCCGAGCUCAACUUGGUCGAAGAACGUAGAAUGGCCGCAGAGGUUAAAAUGAGUACAUACCAACAAGUUGUGAUGAAGUACCAUGACAACAAGGUUGGGCCGCGGUACUUCCAAGUUGGAGAUGAAGUCCUACGAAGAAGAGAAGCAAGUAGACCCGGCGAUGGGGGAAAGCUGGCAAAAAACUGGGAAGGCCCAUACAGGGUUAAAGCCAUCAUUCGACCAGGAACGUACCGGUUAGAAACUUUAGAUGGUGUACCGAUAGAAAGAACUUGGAAUUCCCACCAUCUUCGCAAGUUCUACAAAUGAUUUUAAUACUAGGCGAUGCCUACUACAUUAUCAAUCACAGUGAUGUUCAAUACUCUACUUGGUAGCGGCAUAAUUGAUAGGUCGAACCUAUCCUAGGAGGGCUUCCUAGGUGGAUCGAAUCCACUUGGAUAAGCCAACUGAGACACAGGCCCGGACCUGGCACGCUGGUUAAUACACCGGUCUUGCUCAGUAUAAUAGAAAAAAUAUUAAAACCCGGAAGAGGGGCCCGGAAGAGGGUAUGCCUGCAAGAGGGCUGGACCUGGAAGAAGGUUUGAACCGUACUUACACGGGCCCAUGAGGUUUGACCGGUAUCGGGGAAUCAGCCGGUGCCGUCAAAUUGAUUGGGGACUAAAAGAUGCCCAUUAAAAGAAAUAGAAGGGUAUCGU